AUGACUCUAAUUCCGGGUGACCCUGGCAUUUCCAAAGAUAAACCAGUGGAGUCAGAUCAGAUAUGUGGUCGCGCCCUUUCUAACUGCUCCAGUGAGAUCUCUGAGCCCUUUACAAAGGAGGAAGAGGAAAAGGAAAAUUGUAAACAAACUAAAGGAAACUCCUCUGGCUCAUUGGGUUCUUUGAGACAACGCAAGACUUUAUCACACACCUCUGGGAGAAAUAUUGUGAGUAAGAAGCAGUCAAGUUUAAAGAAUGAAACCAAAUUGUUGAAUGUGCCAGACUCCGUUGCUUUAGAAAAUAAGCGGUGUAAAAAAUGGAUUAAUUGUCUCAAGGCAAAAAAUACUACUGCGUCAAACCAACAAGGCACCAAGUCCCCCAAAAAGGUGAAGGAAAUAACGGAGGGAGAAUUGAAUGCCCUACGCUCUUUUUGUGCCAAUAGGAUAAAUUUGAUGUCAAAGCAGAGCAAAAAAAGUAGAACUAAAAAGCUGUCGCGUAAAUCGGGUGUAGAGAAUCCUGCUUCAAAUAAAUCAAGCCUCUUUGUGCCUGUUCAGCCCAUAAACAGGCUCAGUCUUCAAGACCCAAAAGCACAUGUGAGAAAAACGGCAGGAAUUAAAGAGCAUAACUCAGCACAUAGCUCUGACCGUAACAAGAAAACAGACCUUAAACAAGUUGCCUUCCAGACACAGAAAAAGACCUUUCUAGAAUUAACUCGAACAGAAGAGAAAAUGGAAGAAUACAAGUAUAUCAAAGAUAUUCUCAUCCUCAUUGGAGAAAUCCACAGAAACCUUCCCAGAAUUUCAGAUGACCCAGACAAAAUAUGGAAAAGAUUAAAUAUUCAAGGUCAUACUAGAUAG